UCUCACCACAACACACGGUCCUUUCGUUCACACCAGACCAUCUUUGCCGGAACCUUGGCCCUUUCGUUCUUCCCUCUCGUUUUCAGUCCUUCGGGACUCCGUCAAUUGACUUCGUUUCGCCAUGGACGAUUCGCUGAUGGACUCCGUCUUUGAUGACGGUGAGAGCUCUGACUUCGCGCCCGUCAAGCCUGUGAAGGCCACCAAAGUCACCAAAGCAAAGGCUGCAGCACCAAAAAGGGCUGCAGCCGCAAGCAAACCCCGAGAGCGUAAGCCUAAGGACGCGACGCAAUCGAAACCCAAGACAACCAAGGCCCCCCCGAAGAAGCGAAAAGAUAUUUCGGAGGACGACGAGAAUUCAGACAUCGACAUGGACGACGUCAUUGGCGAUGACGACGACGAGUCUCUGCUCGCAGAUACCCCUCCACAGCAGAAGAAGGCCCCGGGACCGAAAAAGUCGAGCGGCAAGCCCCUUGCUGACAUCGCGAACGAGAGCUUUGGUCUAGAUGGUGCUGACGAUGACCCCGCGGCGAAGCCCAAGAAGGGUGGAGCAACUACCAAGUACCAAAUGCUUACCCAUUUGGAACACAUUAUGAAGCGCCCUGAUACCUAUAUUGGCUCCGUAGAGCGAACGACCGACAAGAUGUGGGUCUUCAACUCAACAACUGAGGCUAUGGAGUACCGUGAGGUUGGCUUUGUGCCAGGUCUCUACAAGAUCUUCGACGAAAUCCUCGUGAACGCGGCGGAUAAUAAGCAGAAUGACAAGAAUAUGAGCGAGAUUCGAGUUACGGUGGAUCGAGAGUCUGGCGAGAUAUCUGUGCGAAAUGAUGGAAGGGGUAUCCCCAUCGAAAUACACAAGGAACACGGCAUCUAUGUACCAGAGAUGAUUUUCGGUCACCUGCUUACCUCCUCCAAUUACGACGACGGUCAGCAAAAGAUCACAGGUGGCCGCAACGGUUACGGUGCAAAGCUCUGCAACGUUUUCAGCACGGAGUUCACGUUGGAGACUGUGGACUCAAGGCAAAAGAAGAAGUACAAGCAGACAUGGACGGACAACAUGAGCAAGAUGGGCAAGGCCAAGAUCACCGACAUCAAGACUGACGACUACACGAAAGUGACGUACAAGGCCGAUUUUAGGAAAUUUGGAAUGUCCGCCAUGGACGAUGACUUCGAAGCGCUCGUUAAACGACGAGUUUACGACAUGGCUGGCACCUUGCGCGGCAUUAAGGUGUAUCUCAACGGUGACAGGGUGAAAAUCACUAACUUUGCUAAAUAUAUGGAGAUGUAUACAAAGGCCAUCUCCAAGGAACAAGGCAAGGAUAAUGGUGACGACAAAGACAAGCCCGUCAUCAUUACAGACAAGCAUGAUCGGUGGGAGAUCGGUUUUGCCGUGUCGGAUGGUUCUUUCAACCAGGUCUCGUUCGUCAACUCAAUUGCCACCACCUCCGGUGGCACCCACGUCAACUAUAUUGCAGAUCAGAUUGUUGAAAAACUACUGGCUACUGUCACCAAGAAGAAUAAAGGCGGUGUCAAGCUGAAGCCUGCGCAGAUCAAGAAUCACAUCUUCUUGUUCGUCAAUUGCAACAUCGUCAAUCCGGCAUUUACAUCUCAGACGAAGGAGCAAUUAACGACAAAGUGGAGCCAGUUUGGCAGCAAAUGCCAGGUUAGCGACAAGUUCCUCAAGGCGAUUGAGAAGACCGAGGUCAUCCAAAACAUUCUGCACUUUGCUCAACAGAAAGCAGACCAGCUGCUCAAGAAGACCGACGGCAACAAACGUAGUCGAAUGAGCAAUUCUAAGCUCACCGAUGCCAACAAGGCCGGUACUAAGGAUGGCUGGAAAUGUACUCUGAUUCUCACUGAAGGGGACUCAGCCAGUCUUCUUGCCUUAGCCGGCCGGGCGGUUGUGGAUCCCGAUCUUUUUGGUGUCUUUCCCCUCCGUGGUAAACUCCUUAACGUACGAGAUGCGUCCAUCGACCAGAUUUCAAAGAACCAGGAAAUCCAGAAUAUCAAGAAGUUCAUUGGUCUUCAGCACAAGAAGGAAUACACGGAUACGCGAGGUCUUCGAUAUGGCCACAUUAUGAUUAUGACCGAUCAGGAUCACGACGGUAGCCAUAUCAAGGGGUUGUUGAUCAAUUUCCUUCAAUGCCAAUUUCCCAGUCUGCUUAAGAUUGAGGGAUUCCUCCUGGAAUUCAUCACGCCUAUCGUCAAGGUCUGGAAAGGCGACCCGAAGCGGCCAAAGCACCUAAAGAGCUUUUUCUCCAUGCCCGAAUAUGAGGAGUGGAAAGAACAGCACCAACACGAAAAAGGAUGGGAUCACAAGUACUACAAGGGAUUGGGUACGAGCGGAAUUCCAGACGCCCAAAUCUACUUCCGUGACUUGGACACACAUUUGAAGAAAUUCCACACAAUGAAGGAGAAGGAAGAGGAACUGAUAGAGUUAGCAUUCUCUAAGAAGAAGGCUGAUGCCCGUAAGGAAUGGCUCCGAGAAUUCGUUCCAGGCAAUCAUCUGGACCUUCAGGGAGAGUACAUUUCCUACGACGAUUUCGUCAACAAAGAACUCAUCCUCUUUAGUAUUGCUGACAAUCUGCGAUCAAUUCCCUCCGUUGUCGAUGGUUUCAAGCCUGGUCAGCGCAAAGUUCUGUACACCUGUCUUAAACGAAACCUUAAGAAAGAUGUCAAGGUUGUUGACCUUGCAGGUUCCGUGUCUGGCACGACGGAUUAUGCUUAUGGUGAGGCGUCUAUGCAAGGAACAAUUGUUGGUAUGGCUCAGAACUUUGUUGGUUCAAAUAACAUCAACUGCCUGGAACCUAGUGGUAACUUCGGUUCUCGUCUUCAGGGUGGUGCCGAUGCAGCCAGCGCCAGGUAUAUAUAUACUCGGCUAUCGCCCUUUGCGCGAAGGAUUUUCCAUGCUCAUGAUGAUGCGCUCUUGAACUAUGGAGAGUCCGAUGGCCACAAGAUUGAGCCCGAGAUGUAUGUCCCCGUUCUUCCUAUGGUCCUCGUAAAUGGCGCCGACGGUAUUGGUACUGGUUGGAGUUCUACGAUUCCCAACUACAAUCCGCUCGACAUCGUGGAGAACUUGAGGAUUCGAAUGCAGGAUGGUGCCGGAAAAGACGAUAUGAAGCCAAUGAUACCGUGGUUCCGUGGGUUCAAGGGCAUCACCGAAGACAUAGGUAACGAUCGCUUCAAAUUUAGUGGCACCGUCCGACAGACCAGUGACAACGAGGUUGAGGUAACCGAGCUCCCUGUUCGUUUCUGGACCCAGGAUUUCAAGGACAAGCUUGAGGAAAUUAUCAAGGCCGAUAAGACCCCUUCAUUCAUCAAAGACUACACCGAGUACAACACUCCAGAUACUGUUCACUUCGUCAUCAAGCUAGAGGACAAACACAUGGCCAAUGCUCUUAGUAAGGGCCUCGAAGAGGCCUUCAAGCUUGCCAGGACUAUGGCAACUUCGAACUUGGUCGCUUUCGAUGCUCAAGGUCGAAUUCACAAGUACGCUACGGUUCUUGAUAUAAUGGAGGAAUUCUAUCACAUUCGAAUGAGGUUCUAUGACAAACGAAAGGCUCAUCAAUUGGAAGAAUUCCAAAAGCAGCUCGAGAAAUUGACCAACCAGUCCCGAUUCAUCCAAAUGAUCAUUGACGGCAAGCUUGUUGUCUCCAAGAAGAAGAAGGCCGUCCUCGUUGCAGAGCUUAAGAAACUUGGCUUCACUCCCUUCCCCAAGGUCACCGACGCAAAGAAGGCUGGUGAGGCUGAGGAUGUGCUCGAAGAGGAAGAGUCUGAAGAUGUGGAGCAAGAAAUUGGUGCUAACGACUAUGACUACCUUCUCGGCAUGGCCAUUUGGUCCUUGACUCAAGAACGUGUCGCAAAGCUCCUGCAACAAAUUGGCGAAAAAGAGGAGGAGAUUGAUGCUCUCAUCAAGCUCACGCCAAAAGAUCUCUGGAACGCCGACCUUGAUGCCUUUGUCAUUGAAUGGAACACCCAGCUUGACGAGGAAGCUAAGGACGCUAAGAAGAUCGCCAGGCUUGGGCGUCGUGCUUCUCGUAAGCUCGGCAUCGGGGCCGGCAAGGGUAAGAAGAAGAGGAAGGCGGACGAUAGCGAUGAUUUCGGGGAAUCGGACUCUGACUUUGGCCCGGCCAAGAAAAAGGUUGCGGCGAACAAACCGAAGCCAGGGGGUUUACUCAGCUAUCUCCAUAAGGACAGUCAGCCCCCCAAGAAGGCGAGUGCGACAGAAGCUCUGAAGAGUGGAGUUGCAUUAGGCACUGCGGCGCCAAACCCGACUGGACUCGGCUAUCUUACAAAGAAGGAAUCCCCUGUGGAGACUGACGAUGUAAUGGAUAUUGAUGAACCAAAGCCAGCUCCACCCGCACCUGCACCAACGACAAAGCGAGGUCGACCAGCAGCUUCGAAGACCAAGAAAGCUGAUCCUAUAUCUUUUGAUUCUGAUGAUGAAUCAGAUGUCUUCACCGCCGUCGUCAAAGAGAAGAAGAAGCCAGCUGCAAGCACAGCACCUUCCCGAGCAGCCCGUGGCGCUACUAAGAAGGCACCUAAAUACAUUAUCGAUGAUGACAGUGAUAGCGAUGAUAUGGGAGACAACCUUCUAGGCGAUGUUAGUAGCAUGGUCAAGACGAUUGGGGGUGGUAGUAACGAUCGCCCUCUCUUCUCCACAACUACCAACCGUCCAGGUAGCGGCAGUGGUCGUCCAGUCAGCGCUGCUGGUCCUGCAGCUAAGAUCCCAAGUCGUCUUGGUGUUCAGAAGAACAGCCCCAUCGAGCUAGAUGGAGACGAGACAAAUUAUGAGGCUCUCAUGCCCAAGGCUUCCCCGAAGAAGGCUGCGCCCCGCAAUGUUAACGAUACGAUCAUGGGCUCGGACGAUGAGGAUGGCUUUGGCUUCAACAUGCAGAGAGCUACAAGUAGCAAGAUUACAGGUACCAAACCGGUCCCCAAAGUAGCACCGAAAGCGACCGCAAAGAUCACCAAAGCAGCUCCUAAGCCGAAGGCUGCUGCUUCGGCCGUCAUUGCCAAGAAAACUACCCAGUUGAGUCCUGCUGCGAAGGCGUAUGCCGCGAAGUUCGGCAAGGUUAAGGAUGUUGCGCCAGCUCCUAAGGGUGCCCCGAAAAAGAAAAUGGCUAUGGAGCCUGACGACGAUGAGGAUAUGGAGGAUGCAGACGCUCUCGCCAACGAUAUCCUGUCUGAUGAAGAUGAGGAUGAGCCAACCCCCAAGCCUCGCGCUACUGCUGCUCGUCCGGGUCGGAGGGUUGCUGCUGCCAAGCCGAAGUAUGCUGUUAGUGAUGAUGACGAUGAGAGCGAUGAGGCCUCCGAGCCUAGCUUUGAAGAUGACGAUAGCGAGUAGACGCGUGGAGACGUUGGCUGAACAGAGCAUCACGUCCGAUACUAGAGCAUGAGGCGUUUGCCAGCGAUGAAUUAGUGGCAUGACCUGUCACGAUGGUUUCUUCUUUUACUUGUCAACCCCUCUCUCUCGACACCAGGUAUCAUUUGGUAUUGAUCUGGUUUUGGAUAGUGCAGUAAGCAAUCAGAACUCAAAGGAGUUGGAAAGGAGUUGAUGGGUUACGGGAUCACCAC